AUGAAAGGGCAGAGUUUAAAUUAUAAUGUUUAUGAUGAUUUAGUUUCCAGGCUUGAAGGGUUCGUUUCCAACAGAGAGCAGUCUUAUGAAGACCCCAUUGAGGAGUUACUGUAUGCAGUUUUUGUUGUCUCAAGCGAGAAUGCCACUGUUGCUGAAUUGGCAGCAACAUUACAGGCUGAUAUUUCUCAGCUGCAAGCCGCUGCAUCUUUUGUAUGCCGAUUGGGAUGGGCAAUAAAGGUAAUAGACCCCGCAUCGGUUCUUCAGGAUACAAGUGGGCCUAACACUCAAAGAGUCACUCUCAGUGAUGAUGAUGAGGCUUCUCUUGCUAGUAUGGGCUCAGCAAACAUGUCAGCUGAUGGCGAUAUUGGUCAACUAGGAGAUGUCACAGGAAUGGAAAGCCAUGGACCAUUUUCUGGCCUUGUCCGUGUAGCUUUUGUUGUUGAUGCUAAUAUAACAUCAUAUCUUAUGAUGGGCUCUGUUUCACCAGGCUUGAAAUCUCAUGCCGUAACAUUGUAUGAAGCUGGAAAAUUAGGUCACGGUAGCAUUGCAGAUCUGUGCAAGGAUCUGAGUACAUUAGAGGGAACAAAAUUUGAGGGUGAAUUGCAGGAAUUUGCAAAUCAUGCGUUCAGCCUUCGUUGUGUCUUGGAAUGCCUUCUUUCAGGUGGAGACUCCACUGAUGCCAGAACAGAGGAAAAUUAUGACAAGAUGGGCCCGUUAACUUCAAGCACUGAUGUUACAUUGACUGACGACUCAGGUAAAAAUGAAGCUGGACUUAGUAUUGAUAAUUCCAUGAAUUCUAGGCCUCAUGAUGAAUCUGCUUUGGAUGAUUCUGUUCCUGGAAAAACUGGUGAUGAGAUAACUUCACCUACUUUAUCAGAAGACACUAGUUCAUCCAGUGAAGUCUCUAAAUCAGGCCCAACUUUCCAGAGUGAUGAGAAGCUGAUACCAAUUGAAGAGUCUGAUGUUGGAAAAGAUACCUCAAGAAAGAAAAAGAAAUAUCGAGUGGAUAUUCUGCGAUGUGAAAGCUUGGCUUCUCUGGCCCCAGCAACUUUAGAUCGCUUGUUUCUUCGUGACUAUGAUAUUGUUGUGUCCAUGAUUCCUCUUCCUCAUUCAUCUGUAUUUCCUGGACCAAGAGGUCCUAUUCAUUUUGGUCCCCCCUCUCAUUCAUCUAUGACACCAUGGAUGAAAUUGGUACUCUAUUCAUCUGUGGCAAGUGGCCCUGUAUCUGUUGUUCUUACGAAAGGACAAUGUCUACGCAUGCUUCCUGCUCCAUUGGCUGGCUGUGAGAAAGCCCUCAUAUGGUCGUGGGAUGAAUCUACUAUUGGAGGUUUGGGAGGUAAGUUUGAAGGAAAUUUAGUGAAGGGAGGUAUACUGUUACACUGUUUAAACUCUCUUCUUAAGUAUUCAGCUGUCAUGGUGCAGCCCCUAAGUAGUUAUGACCUUGAUAAUUCUGGAAGAGUUGUUACUGUGGAUAUACCGUUGCCCCUAAUGAACUCUGAUGGUUCAAUUGGUCAAAUAGGAAACGAAUUGGGACUUGGUGUAGAAGAGAGUUUGAAACUAAAUACUCUGUUAACUGAUUUGACAAAUAAGAUAGAAUUGUGGACGGUCGGUUAUAUUCGUCUAUUAAAACUUCUCAAACAAAAAGAAUCGAAUAACUUUUCACCUGAUGAGAAUUAUGAUUGGGUUCUAUUGAGUGUGGAAUUUGGGAUUCCACUUUUUAGUCCAAAAUUAUGCAACAAUAUUUGCGAAAGGGUUGUCUCAUCAGAAUUACUUCAGGCAGAUUCUCUCACUGAGCAUUAUGAUGCAAUGCAAGGCCUUAGAAAAAGGUUGCGUGAUGUUUGUGCAGAAUACCAGGCAACAGGUCCUGCUGCUAAACUUCUAUACCAGAAAGAGCAAUCUAAGGAUUCACCUCGACAACUCAUGAACUAUGCUAGUGGAAGAUGGAAUCCACUUGUAGACCCUUCGUCUCCCAUCUCAGGAGCCACGAGUGAGGAUCAGAGAUCAAAACUUGUUAGUCGUCAGCGUUGUUGGACUGAAGUCUUGAGCUUUGAUGGUAACACUUUGAGAUCUUAUUCUCUGACUCCUGUGUAUGUAGCUGCCACAAGGCCUGUUGGAGAAAACUCAUCAGUAAGUGCGGCAAAAACUGAACCUGAUGAAGCCGACAGCCGAGAAGUAACAUUACCUGGAGUUAAUCUUCUUUUUGAUGGUGCAGAGUUGCACCCCUUUGACAUAGGUGCUUGCCUGCAGGCUAGCCAACCAAUUUCCUUAAUAGCAGAGGCUGCUGCAGCCUCUGCAUCUGCUGCUACCAAAUAGGAUUCCUCCAGUCUUUGCUUGGAUGUGUAUACAAGGAUUUAUCCAACACUAACAAAGGUAAUUGUCAGCUUAUCAUAUCCUUCCCACCACUUCUACUUAAAUUUGGCUGGGCCGCUUAAUCUUUAGGACUGGGUUUUGUCCAUGAGCCCAGGCUUGUCUCAAGAUCAAACCAAAUCUCUCCAUGAGAUCGACAAAGGAGAAAGUUCAGCAAUGGAAAGAUUGUGCUAAGCCUUGUGCUGAGGCCAAAAUGUUAUUUCAGUUUCACUCGGGAAAGUUGCUUACACUUUUGCUUCUUUUCUUUGACUUGAAUAAUAAUAAUUCUUCACUUAUAGAUUAGCUAUUUCUGAAUCAGGCCAGUUUUCGCAAUCAUUCCUGCUGUUAACUGGUUCAUGGCUGUCUGAUCAAGGUUUCUCUCCACUGGCAAUGCACAAUAGAAGAAGAGAAAUAAUAGUCUGUGGAUAGAUAUCAAUGUUGGACAUGGUACAUGGAAGCAAGGAAUCAUAUUCAUUUUUGCAGAAGGAUUUGAUCGAAAUCCUCUUUAGCCCCUCCUCUUUAUGUAUCAUCGACGACUCUGAUUGAAGAAAGAAGAAAAAAUGGCAAAUUGACAGAUGGCCGAACAUAUCCACAAAGGCUAUCAAUGAACAAAUCGGUCACGAUUCAGCUGGAUUCAGAUUCCCACUAGUAGGUUUCAUUCAAUACCCAGUUCGUCGUAAAAUAAUUUGGUAAUUGCUUA